GGUCCCAGGGAGAGGCGACUGUGGGCGGUGGUCUCUCAGCGGUCCGCCGGCUUUCCUUCUGCGGUGCUUGGGUGUAUUUCCACCAGGACUAAUCUACGUUAGCCUGCACGGUAUUUGCCGGUUAAUUAAUAGACGAUGUCUGUGGACACUUUAAACGGGGCCACAAAGUCAGAGGAGCGACUUAAGUCACGAAGUGUAACUGCUCCUUAACGGUAGUAGGAAGCCGAAAACCAGGUCAGCAUUGCUGAAUAUGAGACGAUCUGCAGCACCAAGUCAGUUGCAGGGGAAUCCCUUCAAAAAACUAAAAUUUAUACCACCAGGGAGAAGUAAUCCAAGUCCAAAUGAAGAGAAUACAAAGAUGAGUCCAGACGUAAAAUUAUUUGAGAUUGUUGCAAGUAAGAACACCUUCCUCCAGUUACAAAAUAAUCCCAGAAUAUGCAGUUUAAAUCUGCCUACUGAGGGAAGUGCUAGAGAAAUUAAUCAUGGGCAUAAUUACACUGGGAAACACUGUUCUGAAGCAUCUGUAAUGGUAAAGUUAGAUCCGCCUCAUACAGUUCACUCAGCCCCUAAAGAAAUAACAGUACCUAAAGGACAAGAAGAGGAAGAACCUGAUAGCCUAGUUAAAUAUUUCAGUGUUGUUUGGUGUAAGGCUUCAAAGAAAAAACACAAAAAGUGGGAAGGUGAUGCUGUUCUCAUUGUAAAGGGAAAGUCACUUACAUUAAAGGAUUUGGAAGGCAAAGACAUUGGAAGAGGCAUUGCAUAUAAAUUCAAAGAGCUUGAAAAGAUUGAAGAGGGCCACAGAGUGAUGAUUGGUGGAAAAGAAGUAGAAGUCAUGGGUAUAAUCUCUCCAGAUGAUUUCAACAGUGGCAGAUGUUUUCAGCUUGGAGGAGGAAGCCCUGCUAUCUCAAGUUCUUCUCAAGCUGCCAAGAAGUGUUUCUCUAACCCCUUCAAAAGUGUUUGUAAACCAAGUUCAAAGGAAAAUAGACUGAAUGGUUUCCAAGAUUGUAAACCACGCCAUGACCCACAUGUACCAAAUUCUCUUGUAAUGUCACGACCUGACAAUAAUCACCAGUGGAUGUUCAAUAAGAACUGUUUCCCUAUUGUGGAUGUGGUGAUAGAUCCUCAUCUUGUAUAUCAUCUCCGACCACAUCAGAAAGAAGGAAUCAUAUUCCUUUAUGAAUGUGUAAUGGGAAUGAGAGUGAAUGGAAGAUGUGGAGCUAUUCUUGCUGAUGAAAUGGGUUUAGGGAAAACGUUGCAAUGUAUUUCGCUCAUCUGGACUCUACAGUGUCAGGGACCCUAUGGAGGCAAGCCAGUAAUAAAGAAGACGCUUAUUGUCACACCUGGAAGCUUGGUGAAUAAUUGGAGGAAGGAAUUUCAAAAAUGGCUAGGAAGUGAAAGAAUCAAGAUAUUUCCUGUUGAUCAGGACCAUAAAGUAGAAGAAUUCACCAAAUCUCCGUUUUAUUCUGUUCUUAUCAUCAGUUAUGAAAUGUUACUUCGUUCUUUGGAUCAAAUUAAGAAUGUAAAAUUUGAUCUUCUAAUCUGUGAUGAGGGGCAUCGUUUGAAGAACAGUGCCAUUAAGACAACUACAGCCCUCAUUAGCCUCUCUUGUGAGAAAAGAGUAAUUCUAACUGGUACUCCAGUUCAGAAUGAUCUUCAAGAAUUUUUUGCAUUAAUUGAUUUUGUAAAUCCAGGAAUAUUAGGCUCUUUGUCAUCUUACAGAAAAAUAUAUGAAGAACCCAUCAUUAUAUCCAGACAGCCUUCUACUUCUGAGGAAGAAAAGGAGUUAGGAGAGAAAAGAGCAGCUGAACUUACUUGCCUUACUGGACUCUUUAUCCUUAGAAGAACCCAAGAAGUCAUAAAUAAAUAUCUUCCACCUAAAAUAGAGAAUGUAGUCUUUUGCCGACCAAGAGCGCUACAGGUUGAGCUUUAUCGAAAGCUGUUGAAUUCUCAGGCUGUCAGGUUCUGCCUUCAGGGGUUGUUGGGAAAUAGUCCUCAUCUAAUAUGUAUAGGAGCUCUUAAAAAACUGUGCAACCACCCCUGCCUGUUGUUCAACUCUAUAAAGGAAAAAGAAUACAGCUCAACUUGGGAUGGAAAUGAAGAAAGGAGUCUAUAUGAAGGCUUAGUAGAUGUGUUCCCUGCUGAUUAUAACCCUCUCAUGUUUGCUGAGGAAGAGUCCGGAAAACUACAGGUGCUGUUGAAGCUCUUAGCAGUUAUUCAUGAACUUCGUCCUACUGAAAAGGUGGUGUUGGUAUCCAACUACACACAAACCUUGAAUAUUCUACAAGAAGUAUGCAAGCGUCAUGGAUAUACUUAUACAAGACUUGAUGGACAAACACCAAUCUCUCAAAGACAGCAAAUUGUUGAUUGCUUCAAUAGUAAAUACUCUUCUGAUUUUAUUUUUUUGUUAAGUUCAAAAGCUGGUGGUGUGGGACUUAACCUUAUUGGAGGAUCUCAUUUAAUUCUCUAUGACAUUGAUUGGAAUCCAGCCACUGAUAUCCAGGCAAUGUCUAGAGUAUGGAGAGAUGGUCAGAAACAUCCUGUACAUAUUUACAGGCUCCUAACCACAGGUACAAUAGAAGAAAAGAUUUAUCAAAGACAGAUCAGUAAGCAAGAUCUUUCUGGGGCAGUCGUAGACCUAACCAAGACAUCUGAACAUAUCCAGUUUUCAGUAGAGGAGCUAAAAAAUUUGUUCACGUUACAUGAAAGUUCACAUUGUGUUACUCAUGACCUGCUUGACUGUGAAUGUACAAGAGACAAAGAUGGUACAGGUGGUUCACUGGAAAAAUUCCCUAUCUCUAGAAAUUGUCAGCUUGGUCCACAUCAUCAGAAGUCUAACUCUAUGAAACCUCUCUCCAUGUCACAGCUGAAGCAAUGGAAGCAUUUUUCUGGAGAUCAUUUAAAUCUUACAGAUCCUUUUCUUGAAAGAAUCAGAGAAAAUGUCUCAUUCUUUUUUCAGAAUAUAACCAAUCAAAGUACUGCUAUAUAAGGAAAGAUUACUUCAUGACAUUCCCUUGCCCCCCCUUUAAAAAAGUUAACAUAGUAAUUAAAUGUAAUUUUUGAAAAUUAAUAGAAUUAUUUAAAUUAUGUUUUGUUGCAAAAUGUAUCAUAGUUUUGAUACAGUCAAAACUUGAGUUUAAUUUUUUGUAUGUGUUCUUCAGUGUUGAAACAUUAAAGACGUAAUUCUGUCAUCAUAUAGUUAUUUAUUAGUAUUCCAUAAUUAAUGCACCUUAUUAAAUACCCAUUAAGGAAUUUUCAUAAGGAAUAUAAAAAAGUAAAAUACCUAGUCCCUGUCUUUGGGAAAUCUAAUCUACGUAGGAAUAUUAGACCUAGAUGUGUGAGAUCAGUUUCAACUAGAGCGCAAGGGAGAAAGGGAAUCAGAGACUAGGACUGCAGAGGCUGAAGAUGCUGAGUGUAAUAGUUGCUGCAGGGCAGUAUGAGUGAGAAUGAUCAGCAGGUUGGGACAGGAGAUGAAGGAUAAUGGGACAUGGUGCACUUCAGAACACCAGUUUGUAAUAUGGGACCUCAGACUCAUGGGGGACUGACAAGGAGUCUAUAAAUCUAUGCCCACCAGACAUUGUUUGCACUCUGAAUAAGGAAAGUUUCGGCUACCAUCAUGUCAAGGGUUGUCUGUAAUAAUUUCUGACAUAAAAAGAAAGUUUUAAUGUACAAAGUAAGCUUUAGAAAGCUGAAGCCUACAAAGAGAAAGGAGUUACUCAGUCUCCAGUUAGGGCUUCUAUAAUCAGCUUCUGCUUCCAUUUGGGAAAAUUUCUUUUAGACUGAAUAUUAUCUUGAGGUCUUGAAUAAAGACUCAAUUAUAUAUCAACAAAUCUGAGCUCUUCAGAUUUCUAGUGCCAUACCUGGGCAAUUAUACAUCUAGGACUCAUGAUGAACAGGCAGUCUGGGACCAAAUUUGUCAGUGAGGAGGUACUCAGCUAAUAAUAAGCAAAAAUGGUGUUUCUUAGCCCUAGGUAUAGGCCUCAUCUAUGAGGCUUUACAUAUAAAACUUCUUUCAGUAUCUGUGAUAUUAUUCUCAGGUGUGAAAUCCUUAAAAAAAUACAAUGAUAGGGACUAGUAACUUUAUUGUUUAUCUAAAAUCGUAGAGGAUGCUAGAGCAUGCUGUCUGGAUUUCCAGAUUAUUCAUUUCCCUGGCUAUCUGCCACCACUCCUAGCCAAAUCCCUACCUAAGUAUAGCCCUGAGCUGAAAAGAGGUGCCUCACCCAAGGUUUGCUCCCUCCCCGGAGUAGCUGAAUCCAGUGCUUUGUUGAUGCAGGAUGGAAAGGCCAAGCUCCAGAGCUCUUCAACUGAGGUCUUUGCUGCAGCUUCAUUUGGGGGGCAGCUAUUCUCUCCGUUCAGUCGUGCUUCCCUCACUCUCUCAAAGAUGUUGUUCCAAAUAGCACUUCCCAACAAAUUCCCUGCAAGAAGGUGUGCUUCUGCGUGUUUUCCAGGGAAGCUGACCCAAGAGUGUAUCCCUGGAGUAUCACUGAAGAAAAGCAUUUUAAUAAUAAUAGUUGGUGGCAUUCAAUUGUAAAUACUUGUGGGCUGAAUAAUCAUUUAAUUGGAUGAGCUGAUAAUAUGAAAGUUUAAAAAAUAGUGUAAGUUGGGGCGCCUGGGUGGCUCAGUCAUUAAGCGUCUGCCUUCGGCUCAGGUCAUGGUCCCAGGGUCCUGGAAUCGAGCCCCACAUCGGGCUCUCUGUUCAGCGGGAAGCCUGCUUCUCCCUCUCCCACUCCCCCUGCUUGUGUUCCCUCUCUCACUGUGUCUCU